AUGACCACUUUGGGGGUCACAUCAAUGACCAGUCUUAUAUCUCAGGCUUCAAGUGUGGGGGACUCGACUGUGGAUCUUUCUGAUUUUGUCUGUCAGGAGAUUGAAUACUACUUGAGUCACCGUUUGUCCCCUGACAUCGCCCGAGCUUUUUCAGAUUCUGCUGCCAUUAUUCAGGAUGACGAUGAUUUUGAUAAUUUUUUCCCUCCUCCCGAGUUUGCCAUUCCUUCUCAGUUCCAGCCUGAAGCUCGUGUAGGCCCUCCUCAGCUUUCACAGAUUUUAUCAGCCUUCAAAUUAUGGGGCCAAGGUGCUACACAUGAAGAUCUUCAUACACAGUUAAAACAAAUUUCCUUGGGAUAUAUAGAGCCAUUCUGUCAUCCUGAUAAAUCUUUCAAAGUUGAAGUAGAAACAUUUGGUAAGAAGAUUUCAAGAAAUGAUAAGGUCAAUCGUAUUGAGGAUUUAGAUUUCCUUCCUCUACGUGGGCCUAUUAAACUGAAAGACCCAGACAAUAUUUUCCACUUGAUAGAGUACUAUGGUCUGGAUCCAAACAGUGUUCCUGACAACCCUUACCAGGUGUUCUUUGGACAGUGGAUAUGUGAUGGACAGCGACAUCUGAUCACCCAGAUUGCUUUAAAAGACAGGAAGUUCAUAGGAAAUACAAGCAUGGACCCUAAAUUGUCACUGAUCAUGGCCAACAUGGCUAAAAUAUGUCACGGUGAUCUUGUAUUAGAUCCAUUUGUCGGCUCAGGUAGUUUACUUGUUGCUGCUGCUACAUUUGGUGGGUAUGUGUGCGGUACUGACCUAGAUUUCUUAAUGGUACAUGGAAAAGCUAAACCUACUCGGUGCAACCAAAAGAAAAGAGAACCAGAUGAAAACAUUAGAUCCAACUUGAGACAGUAUGGUCUUGAAUCCCAUUAUCUCGAUGUUAUUGUUGCUGAUGCAGCUCUUCCAGUCUGGAGUGACCAAUGUAUGUUCAGUGCUAUAAUUGCUGACCCUCCUUAUGGAAUCCGGGAAGCAACAGAGAGAAUAGGAACAGCUAAAACAUACACUAUUCCAGACCACUUGGUGAGUGGACACAUUCCAUCAAAAGUAUCAUACAAUUUGCAAGACAUAAUUCGCGACCUGCUUAAUUUCAGUGGUGCCCAUCUUCAAGUUGGAGGCCGUCUUGUGUAUUGGUUACCAGUUUUUAAGAAUGACUUUCAGGCAGAUUUGGUUCCUGCUCACCCUAGCCUUCAAUUAAUUAGUUUAAGUGAACAGUCACUGAACUCACAUUCCUCUCGCUAUCUAGUCACCAUGGAAAGGUUACCUGAAAAUUCCAAGGGUUGUAAAGAGAAUCAAAAUGGAGCUCAUGUUCCCGAAGCUACACGUGUCUUCAGAGAUAAGUACUUCCAGAAGGCAGUGGAAAGAAGACUUCAAACUAGCUAUCCAGAUUCAGGCCACACACACAUUGAUCAAUUAAGCUAGUACUAGUCAUUUAAAAGAAAUAAACUACCUAACGGUCAUUUUGUAGGAAGGGAAAUCUCUGACCACCCAUCAGAAACCCAAUAACUCAAGUGCUUUCAGAAAGUCGACUUUCCUUCAUCGGGGGUAAAUGGAAAAUCUUAUCAAAAAGAUGUCUAAUAACCAACUUUAAGGGAACAACUGAAAUGUUAGUAGUAUAGAAACUGUGAAUGUCUUAGCAAACAGCAACCUGUUUACUACAUUUCUUGCAGUUAGUUAAACAUGGAGAAAGAUGUCAGUAAUGGCAUCCACUGACAGUGUUACCAAACAGAAAUAUAUUUAGUACAUUUCUUGCAGUUUAGUUAAACAUGGAGAAAGAUGUCAGUAAUGGCAUCCACUGACAGUGUUACCAAACAGAAAUCUAUUUAGUACAUUUCUUACAGUUAGUUAAACAUGGAGAAAGAUGUCAGUAAUGGCAUCCACUGACAGUGUUACCAAACAGAAAUAUAUUUAGUACAUUUCUUGCAGUUAGUUAAACAUAGAGAAAGAUGUCAGUAAUGGCAUCCACUGACAGUGUUACCAAACAGAAACCUAUACCCGUAGUGGGUACAACAAAGAUAGCCCAUUGUGUAGCUUUGUACUUAGUAGCAAACAAACUCCAUUUUCUGUAGUUACUUAAACGUGGAGAAAGGCGUAAAUAACGAGACCCACUGAAAGUCUUACCAAACAGAAAUAUAUUUUUUAAUUAGUUAAACAUGGUGAAAGAUUAUAGUAAUGGGAUCCAUUUACAUUCUUACCAAACAGAAACCUAACUAUCUAUCCUGUGAUUAAUUAAACAUGGAGAAAGAUGAUAGUAAUGGGAUCCAUUGACAUUCUUACCAAACA